UUUCAAACCAUAUAUUCUUGUGAGAUCACUCGAGAAUUAUUCUCGACUUUCCAAAUCGUUACCUAUAAUUUGUUUUUAUUACUAAAAAUGGGAAUCAAGCUAACAGGGAUAGCUCAUGCAAAGAAGAAACUGCGUCGGACGAUUUCCUCCAAGAACGGGAGCUUUUCUACAACGACAUGUUGUGACGUACCGAAAGGCCAUUUUGCAGUUUACGUAGGGGAAAGUCACAGGCGGUUCGUUGUACCGCUAUCUUACUUGAAUCAACCAUUGUUCCAAGAGUUGUUGCAUUGGGCAGAAGAGGAAUUCGGAUACGAACAUCCAAUGGGAGGCCUCACAAUCCCAUGCACCGAGGAUUACUUCUUAAGCCUUAUCACUAUACUAAAUUCUUCUUCUUGAUUUAUAUAUAUAUACAUAUGUAUGUAUGUAUGUAUAUAUAUAAAUAUAUGCUGUUAUCUGAUAGAUUUAGUUUGAAGCUUUUUCUCUCAAAAUUUGCUGUAGUAAUUAAUAGUGAUUGAGGCAACCAAAUUUGUGUUCUGCCUAAUUUAAUUUUUUUUCUUUCUUUUUUUCUCUUUUAAGUCCUUUUCUAUAGCAAAUGUAUAUGAACAUGACAGUUUCUUUUGCCAUCACAGAAAUGAACAUACUUUUCUUAGAUCAAUUAGGAACUGAGAUCAAGCGCAUUUCAGCGUAACGAACCAUAAAUUUUUUUUCCUUUGUGUUUUCGGAACACGGCAGUAAAUUUCUCGAA